AUGGAGACCCAGAGGGCCAGCCUCGCCCUGGGGCGGUGGUCACUGUGGCUACUGCUGCUGGGACUAGUGGUGCCCUCGGCCAGCGCCCAGACCCUCAGCUACAAGGAGGCUGUGAUUCGUGCUUUGGAUCAGCUCAACGAGCGGUCCUCAGAAGCUAAUCUCUACCGCCUCCUGGAGCUGGACCUGCCUCCCAAGACCGAUGAGGACCCAGACUCCCUGAAGCCUGUGAGCUUCACAGUGAAGGAGACCGUGUGCCCCAGGACGACCCAGCAGCCCCCGGAGCAGUGUGACUUCAAGGAGAAUGGGCUGGUGAAACAGUGUGUGGGGACAGUCACCCUGGACCAGUCCAAGGACCAAUUUGUCAUAAACUCUAAUGAGAUUCGGAGUGUGGGGCUAUUUCGAUGGCUGGGUGACUUCCUCCAGAGAGGGGAGAAGAUAGGCAAAAAGACUGAGAGAUUUGGUCAGAGAAUCAAAGAUAUCUUUGGGAUAUUUCAGCCCAGUGAAUACUGCUAA